UUUUGCUCAGAAGCACAGGCUCAGAGGAGGUGGAGUCAUGAGUGCACAAGAGGCACCAAACCCUGGAAAGGAGCCGGCAGAAGGAAGUGGGAGUGCGGGCGCAGAGGCCUCGGCUAAGAGCACUACUCCACCUCCUGUCACUGUAAAGAAAGAGCCAGGAACCUCAGAGACCAGCAACGGGAAAGUUGUUGAUCCCAACCCAGCAGAGAUCUGUGUCGUCAUCGGAGGAAAUGAUGGAGGAUCGAGUGGAGGUGGAACACGUAGAGCUCAGUCCGAGGGUAUGUUUGCCCUUGGUACACCCCCUCCAACGAAGAGCACAGACUCAUGCAUAGGUUCGUACGUAUGUGGGGUUUGCGGAAAGAAAUACAAGUAUUAUAACUGCUUUCAGACACACGUGAGGGCACACAGAGAAUCAGAGAGCAUGGUUGCAGAUGGUCUGCCUCAGGCACCCAACAGUAGUUUCCGUUACUCCUGUGACAUCUGUGGGAAGAAGUAUAAAUACUACAGCUGCUUCCAGGAGCACCGUGACCUGCAUGCUGUUGAUGAUCCGUAUGAACAUGUAGUGCUGCCUGUGGAUGGCCUUAAAGAGGAGGAACCAGUUGAACCCUAUCAGAAAAUUGGACCAAAAACUGGGAGCUAUGUUUGUGAGUUCUGUGGGAAGCAGUACAAGUACUUCAACCCGUACCAGGAACAUGUUGCUCUUCACACACCAGUGGGCUCAUUUGAUCUGAAGUCAUCGAGGGUACAGGAAUGCGGUAGUGUGGACAUGAGUAAAUAUAGCCACACCCAAGCUGGUAAAAUAAAAAACAGCCCAUUCAGGCGGAAACUGGAGAGUGCCAUUCAGUCUAGUCUGGUUGACACAAACAGUUCACAGAACUCAAGCGGCACUCCAAGCCCUCUGGUGGCCGGUUCCUUUUCUACAACACAGAAGCCCUACACUUGUGGUGCCUGUGGCAUCCAGUUCCAGUUCUACAACAACCUGCUGGAACACAUGCAGUCGCAUGCUGCUGAUAAUGAGAACCACACCAAAGGGGACUCCCCCAAAACCUCUUCAGCCUCCGGCCCUCAGGAGCAACUGUGGAGAGGUUCCCAGGCUCAAGCCCUUCCCUCAGUUAAACUACAACUACAGCCUCAAACCAUCUCCCAGAGAAACCAUACCCUCAGCCAGAAUAAUGGACUGCCAGAGAAGGAGCGGCAGCAGGUGGCUGAACGCCUGUUACGGGUAAUGUGCUCCGAUCUGAACAUGUUAAAUGUGCUCAACAGCAAGGACUUCCUGAAGCUGGCACAGACUCUGGUGGAUACUGGUGCUCGUCACGGUGCCUACUCCACUCGUGACGCUCUUGGCAACAUGAGUGCCUUGGCACUGCGCCAGCUGCCGCGCAUGUACAACCAAGUGAAAGUCAAGGUCACGUGUGCUCUGGGCUCCAACGCCUCUCUCGGUAUUGCUGUAACCUGCCACUCUCAGACAUCUGGCCCAGACGCUUGCUACGUUCUCACAGCCUACCAGGUGGAGGGCUCCAGGCUGAAGCGCUACGUGCUCGGUGUUCGAGAAGCCGAACUGAGGGAGGGGCCCGAGCAGGUUCACCACUGGGUGCAGAAUGUGCUGUCUGAAUUUGUCAUGUCAGACAUCCGCACCGUUUAUGUUUCUGAGCCCCGAGUGUGGGCCGCAGGAUUCGCAGGGUCACCACUGGGAGGUGGUGGCCGGGGGAGGAUGUGUUUGCGGUGCGCCGGGUGUUCACUCGGCGCCGUUGUCCAGGCGGUUCUCGGAAAGCGCAGCCUCCAGGCUCGAGGGCUCCACGAGCUAGCUGAGCUUCUCUCCACGUGCAGAGAUAUCGCCUCCUCUACCACGCUGGCUCUUCGCGACGAACAGAGCUUCAACUCAUCCACAAGCACAACCGAGGAAGGUACACAGGUCAACUCUGCACAAUGCCCCACCCCCCCAUGCUGGGACCGCAUGGCCGAAGCUCUCCUGCAGGUCCACGCCCAUUUCGAGCACAUUUGUGAAGCUUACGGGCGCAGUAAGACCACAGCUCCACUCCUGCAAGGUCUCAACAAGCAUCUGCUGGGCACACUGGCUUGUCUGCUGGCACCUUUACGCCUGGCAGCUCUGGAGCUGAGCAGCCAGAGGAGACCAACCUUACAGCAGGUCCUGCCUGUCUAUCUACGCUUGGAGAAGUUUUUCACCUCCAAAGCCGGAGAGGCUGGAACUGGCACAGCUAGCAAACUCUGCCACUAUUUCCUCGAAGCACUCAAGGAAAACUUUAAGGUUGAAAGAGCUCAUCAGGUAGCCAUGGUCCUGGAUCCACAGCUUAAGUUGCGUUCUGUGCCGGCCUACCAGCAUGAAGAUAUAAUUUCUCGUGCGUGUGAAAUGGCUGCAGAAACCAGGGAUGGAGGUAUGAGUGGCGGAGGAGGUUCAGGUGGGGAGGAGCGUGACGCCGAUGGCCCUCCCACCCCUAAAAUUAGCCGUAUAGAGGGAAGUGGAAACAAUAGCGGCCCCUCAAGGGGCACUUGCACAGUUUCUAGUAAUGAUGAGGGUCAGGGCCUAGUUAGACAAGAGAUUUUUCAAUACCUGGCUGAGCCUCUUCUCCAAGGCACUCCGGAUCUCUUCCAGUACUGGAGCUCAACGGUGGGCGAGAAGUUCCCCAGGCUCUCCCGCUUGGCACUGUGGCUCCUGGCGGUGCCUGCUGUGGGCAUACGCAGCGAGUGUGUGACUGUGUGUGAGCAGAGCCUGGCCAUGAAGAGGAGGCAGCAGGUCACAGCUGAAGAGAUGAAUAAACUCAUUUUCCUUCGCUCUAACAUGGGUUAAAAGAAAAACCCUUAUCAACCAAACUUUCACCUCCAACCAAUGACUUCAGACACUUAUUUAUACUCUGUAGUUUUAGACCAAUUGUAAACAUAAACGUGUAAGAAAACUGAGUACUUCUCCAAGCAGAAAAGCAUCUACGGAUAAACUCACAUUUUCAAGGUUGCAAGCACCCACAAAAAAUUCAAACUCAUUUGAUGUUUUGAAUUUAGAUUUGGCUGAUGUAAAGAAGGAGGGACAAAGUGUAGGGGUGGAAUGGUAACUCGAAAGAAAACAGUCCUGUUUGUUACGCUGCCCUUGGUUCGGGAGGCACACAUAUGCAGGAUGAGUUUAAUUCUGUCACCGCCAGUGGUCUGAAUUGCACCUGUCCUAGAUAUUACUCUAAAAAGCCUAUGAUGCUGUUACUCUCACUGGUUGGCAACGUUUUCAGGUAAAAUCAGCAUUCACUGAUUGAAUCUACCGUCUACACCUCUAAAAACCACACCUCUGGUUUAUUAACGCCGUUGAAGAGGGAGAUGGCAGCAAGCUACUGUAACAUUUGCAGUACGUUUGGAAAAGGUCAUUUAUACAUUUCUCUUUAUUGGUGUAUGACAAAGGAAUCAAGAGGUGAAUUUUCACUGCCGUUACACCUCUGGAACUGAAGUGCACUAGGUUUAUGAUUUACUCAACAAAUCACUAAAAAUAAUAACUUUUCAAAACAUUCAGCCUUGGACGAUAAGUGAGAUUAAUAGUUGCAGAUGACUUAAUGGUUACUUCAGUAGCUCAAAAUGUAGCGCUGGGCAAUGGGCAUGUUCUGCAUGCAUUUUCUUCUGUUCAGAAGGGCAAAAUGUAACAGGUUUUAUGUUUGAAACGAUGUGAUGCUUUCCCUUUUCAUUGGAAGUCGUGAAGAACAGACACCACUGCUGCUAGAUAUGCAAGUCUUUUGACUGGCAAAGAAGAGCUCAAAUUCCGAGAGAAAAAAAAAGAUUUUUUUUUGUUGUUUUGUUUGAACACGCUAUUUUCAAAUGGACGAGGAACAAAGCAUUCAAGACUGUGUUUUAGUAUUUAUUGAUUUAUAAAAAAACUACUUUUCUAAAAACAACUUUAAUUCAGCUUAAAUAUACCUGUCAUAGCUGAAUUACACUUACUAAAACAUUUAACAUUGGAUGACAGUCCUCAUAUUAGCCUUUUAAUAUUUGACAGUACAACCAAAGUUGUAAGUAAAUGAAUAAAAAACAAAAAACAUUAUUAGGCCAUAUUGACCUGCCUAAUGAUGUUUUAGAGUCCUAGUAUUUCAGGAAUGUAACAUCGUUUAGCUCUCUGACUGUAGACCACAGAUAGCUGAAUAGCGUCACCUCUGCCUUCCUGUUACGUAAACAGCAGAAGCAGCAGGACUACAAUUAGUUGAGCUUGUUGGCAAAACUUUAGUUUGUAACAGUAAACAUCUUUGUGUGUAUUUGCUUGCAAGCUGAUCUAAAAAAAAAAAAACCGAAAAAGUGCACGGUAGGGUCAUUUUACUUUUCUUGCUUCCUAGUUUUUCAUUCUAAUAUGAAUUUCGUCUUCCUUAUGUGAGCUACAGGUUUCCAUUUUUAAGGCAAUAAGCUUUAUCACAGGAAAUAGUUCCCAACUUUAUCGGACUGUUCUCAUGACACUCCUACAGUUAAUUAUUAACAGGAAAUUGUUUAAUGUUUUGCAAAUUCAGUGGGAUUUCUCAGGAAUGAGCACAUCCAAGCAGGCACCGCCACUUUUCCUCGCUGUACCGAAUAGAAACCAAACUGUGACCUCAGUGCUGAGGUAUGUACUGAAACGUGGCUUUUGUAGAACCUUCCACCCCAAAAGCAGUUAGUGCCAUUUGCAACAAAUUUGAUACAGAGCCUGCUGGUGCAUUUACAAAAGUUAACACACAAAACUCACACAAACUCGCACACGCUGUUACUUCCUAAGUUGUUUGAAAGGGUGGAAGCUAUACUGUUAUAUAUGUUUGUUGCCUUUGGUACUAACUAGUAAAGUGCUAGUUGUUAUCUAUGUUUUUGGGCCUUAAGUCUCAUUUGUGCGCUCACCUUAAACCCUACAUUCAGAGCCAAAAUCAUGCCUUUGUAUUAAAGUUAAAUGGCCUUCCUUUGAGUUUUUUUUUCUUUCAUUUUGUUGAGCUUUAGUAGCUUGGCUGUUUUGUUUAUCUAAACUCCUGAAGGCUUACAAGGACGUGAUUGCUGACGGUUUGAAACAGUGUCCCCUAGUGCCCACAUGAUGACUUUUUAGUGGCAGAAAACUGUGCUAAUUGACAAGUGCUUUAUUUAUAUGUUCCCAACUUUUAAAAGUGGACUCAGUUGCGUGAGCGUGCUUUGAAAGACAUCUCUGAAUUAAUAACACAGGUCAGUAAGGACCUAAAAACAAACACUUAACAUUUUCUACAUCUUUAUAAUAGUGUCAUACAGGAAAUAACACAGAAGAACUGACACUGUGAUUUUAAGUUGCAAUUAGAGGCAACUUGGAUAUCGACUUUUCAUUCUUAAAGCCCCAUUUUCUCUUAUUUGAUUAAACUCUAUAUGUUUUGUUUUUCUUCUUGCACCAUUGGCCACCAUCCACUUUUUCUGGCACUCAAACAAGCUGUUACUCUAAAAUCCCCUUAUUACGGAGAUCAAAAGGUUCCAGUAUAAUGUCUCUUUUUUCUUUUUCUUGGUCUCUUUUAAAAAAAAUGUUUUUGUUCUUGUGAUGCUGCCCAGCUUUAGGCUCUUUUAAAGUUUGAUAUCCCACUUGUUUCUUUUAAGCGUAUAGGUUAGAUUAAUUCAAACAACCCUUUCCUACUUCAGAGCGCUGCCAGCUCACCGCUGUCUAACCUGCAGAGGUUCAACUUCAGGCCAGUGGAAACUGACACACUGUUCUCAGAAACUGAGUAAUUCUUUCUAACACUGUUACUGCUUUGCUUUGUCCAGUAUCCCUCUACCUUCAGAAUGGAUGCCUGAUCAUCACUGAUCACGGUUGGCCUUUCAAGACCCCCCCCCCACACACACACAC